AUUUUGAAAUAAAAUUGUGAUGCACACAUGUACUGAGCUCGGUUGUGGUAUUAGCUAGCAAAAGACCUUCCAUACGGAGACUUGACAUCACUUCGCCACCCACCGGUCACCAUCCAAUCGCCACCUACCGUCACGCCAUUCCGGGGAAAGGGACCCCGGUGAUCUAGAAUUCGGCCGUGAGGGACAUAGGAGUUCUGAAAUUGUAAGGCUGAAGAUUUGACUUGUCGAGCAAGAUGAGGCUGUUAACACACAAUAUGCUAUCUUCAAACAUUAAGGGUGUGGUGAAUGGAUUUCCAUUACGAAUAGAAGCCGAGAAAGUGGUGGAAAAGAAUGUGGAAAUGAAUGGUGACUUUUUGAAAAAGAUGUUUGAGAAGAUUGAGUGGAAGGCUUUUGUGGAAGCAUCACGGGGAAUGGGGUACACCGAACUACCUGAGGAGGCUGACACUUCCAUGCUGGAUUCAGAUGAAUUUCUGAGCCGGUUUCACCAUGCCCUCUUGGAACUCCAUCUUGAAGAAGGUGCUCUUGUUUGCCCAGAGACCGGACGACGCUUCCCCGUCAAAAAGGGCAUUCCAAAUAUGCUUCUUCACGAGGAUGAAGUCUGAAAUUUUGUAAUUAGCUGAUUAACACCCUCCUCUGGUUGCCGGUAAUGGAAAGAAAUCAACUGCAGUUAGGAUUUGUUGUUUUAAUCGAGUUUACCUCGUAUAUGUUGACAGAUGUUGUAUGGCUGCAUUUUUGGACUAUUGUUUGAUAAUUUCACUAUUCCCAACUGCAUGUUAUAUAGAACUGUAACUGGAGCAUCAUAGUGUUUUGAUUUUGAUGA